GAAGAGUGACGGCACCCUCAGCCAAUGGCGAUGCGCCGCUCCCCGCGGGGCCGGACCGGGACGGGCUCCUACGCGCGGCCGCGGUGAAGUUUCCUCGGGGUGGGCCGGGAAGCUCAGCGGGGCCGGGAAGGAGGUGCCGGGAAGAGGUAUCGGGAAGGAGGUGCCGGGAAGGUGGUACGGGGAAGGAGGCACCGUCAUGGAGGAGGCCGAGCCGAGCGAGCGCAGUCCCUUGCUGAGCAGCGUGGAGCGCGGGCGUGGAGCGAUCAGCGCUUUCCACGGACGGCGGUUGGCCUGCGCCGCUGUGCUGCUGGCCGAGCUGCUGGAGCGAGUGGCCUUCUACGGCAUCACCUCCAAUCUGGUGCUCUUCCUCAACGGGCCUCCCUAUGACUGGGAGGGUGCCCAGGCCAGCCAGGCCCUGCUGCUCUUCAUGGGCAUCACGUAUCUGGUGUCACCUUUCGGUGGCUGGUUGGCUGAUGCCCUCCUGGGCAAGUUCGGCACCAUCCUGCUCAGCAUGGCUCUGUACCUGUUGGGCAUGCUGGCCUUCCCUGUCAUUGCUGCACCACACACCCGCCAGGGCCUUUGCGGGGACAUCCCCUUGUUCCCCGUAGAGAACUGCUCCUCUCCAGCAGCCAACGCCACCAUGGCACCUUGCUCCCAGGUGGGAGCUGUCCGCUACUGUGCCACAUCCGUCUUCAUCGGAUUGGUCCUCGUGGGGCUGGGCGUCGGGUCAGUCAAGGCCAACAUCACCCCUUUUGGGGCAGACCAGGUCAAAGAUCGAGGUCCAGAAGCCACAAGAAGAUUUUUUAACUGGUUUUAUUGGAGCAUUAAUUUGGGAGCUAUUCUAUCUCUGGGAGGCAUUGCAUACAUUCAGCAGAAUGUGAGCUUUGUUGUUGGAUAUAGUAUCCCAGCGGUUUGCAUUGGAAUUUCAUUCAUGGUUUUCUUAUGUGGUCAGAGUUUCUUCAUCACAAAACCACCUGAUGGUAGUGCCUUCACAGACAUGUUUAAAAUUCUUACAUAUUCUUGUUGCUCAAGAAAGAGACAAGUGGAACAUUCAACCAAUAGUGAAGGCCAGGGAGUACUUCAGCAGCCUCGCAAGCAAAGCCUAUUUGAGAUGGCCAAGCUGUCGCAAGGGGGACCAUUCAGAGAAGAUAAAGUAGAAGAUGUGAAAGCUCUUGUCAAGAUUAUCCCUGUCUUUUUGGCUUUGAUACCUUACUGGACAGUGUAUUUUCAAAUGCAGACCACAUAUGUACUGCAAAGUCUCCAUCUGAAAAUUCCUGAAAUAGCAAAUGACACCAACUCUAUUCAUACGUUCCCAGCAGCCUGGUUGACUAUGUUUGAUGCAGUGCUUAUUUUGAUCCUAAUACCCUUAAAAGAUAAAUUGGUGGAUCCCAUUUUAAAGAGGAAUGGCUUGCUCCCAUCCUCACUGAAGAGAAUUGCAGUUGGAAUGUUCUUUGUCAUGUGUUCUGCAUUUGCUGCAGGAAUUCUGGAAAGCAACAGACUGAAAAUUGUCAAGAUUAAAACAAUUAAUCAGACAAUUGGAAAUGUUACAUACCAUGCUGCAGAUCUGCCAAUAUGGUGGCAGAUUCCUCAAUAUGUGCUGAUUGGAUUCAGUGAAAUAUUUGCAAGUAUAGCAGGCCUAGAAUUUGCAUAUUCAGCUGCUCCCAAGUCUAUGCAGAGUGCUAUCAUGGGGCUGUUUUUUUUCUUUUCGGGAAUUGGAUCAUUUGUUGGCUCUGGAUUGUUGGCACUGGUGUCUAUUAAAGAAAUUGGCUGGAUGAGUAAUCACACAGAUUUUGGCAAUAUUAAUGGCUGCCAAUUAAACUAUUAUUUUUUCUUGCUGGCUGCUAUCCAAGGAGCAACCCUCUUGCUUUUCCUUAUUGUUUCUGUGAAAUACGAUCAUCAAAAGUCAAGGAUGAAUGAAGUGGCUGCCAACGGGAGGAUCUGAUAGCUACAGAGCAGACUUUGGUACAGCAGCACACAAAGAAGGGGCAGUGCACCCCAAGUCUGCAAGAUCUUAAGUUUUCUCCAGUGAGACUCUGACUAGACUUGCAUGUUACAAGAGCUCUGCCCCUGCCCCCUCUCAUGUAACGUAGGUAAGUGCCUUAUGUUGGCGGGGCUCGGUUCUUGCACUACGUCCAGGUGGAGGACAAACAUAAACCUUGGAAGUGUAUUAACUCUAGGCAUUCAAGUUGCUCUUUGUUUCUUGUGAGAUGUUUACUUAACUGGUGAAAGCUGGGACACUUACACUUGGAAACUGAGUAUAAUGAGUCACAUGUGACAUGGACUGUUCUGACUGGAAAACUCUGCUUAGUGAAGAAGAGUGGAUCUAGAGGAACACUCAGCACACUCAAGCCUCCGUUGAGGACAGAGGAAAGAAAAUACUUUAGAAACUACUUGAGGUUUCUGUAAUCCAAGAACAAGUUUCCAAUCCCUAGAGAAGUGCUCCUGGGGGAGAAACAGGGACUAUUUAAAUCACAGAUCAGGUCAGAUUAAAAAGAAAUGUAGGUUUAUAAUUGACCUUUCACUAGCAGUGUUUCAAGGAUUUAAGUCCAAGCUUGCAGUCAAGAGUAUCCAGCGCUGAAGAGUGAAUUAUAUGCCACAGUAGCUCAUCAUACAGCUGCUGUAUGUUUUGGUGCACAGUGACACUUCUUGGGACUGAAAUGUUUUUACUUCAGGAAUGUUUUUAAUUUUGAACCCCCAUGAGAAUGGAUUUGGACAACAUUCAUCUUUUGACAAGGCACUAUUCUGUUUAAUGCUGUCAGCUCCCUAAGGAAUUUGCAGAAAGAAAAGUGAAAUUGAAACCUCAAAAUAUGAGCACUCAAUGUAGAAACCUUUCAGCCAGUUCCUUCAGUCUUGUGUCUUACUUCUAGCUUACAUGCUACAGGGUUUGUAUCUUCCAGCAACACAUUCCCAGAGCAGAGCAAAAGGCUUUGUGUUCAGCCUCUUGAAUUUUAAUUAUUCUAACACUUGUACUAAAGAUUGUGUGCAACCUGAUAUGGAAGAUGCAAGGAAUUAUGCAGAAAGAAAACAAAAGCUCAACUUUUUAUUCAUGUGUUGAAUUUUUAUAGUUUCCUUUGCAUUUAUGUCAUUUAAAUGUCCUUUUGUACAUGGACAUCUUUUUAAUUGGUUUACAAAAUAAAAUGAACUUCCAUGCUGUGACUUUUGACCUUUUGUUUUUAGGUAAAUAAAAUGAUACUACAAAUA